CGGCCUUCCUUCACCUGAAACGCCGCCACCGUAGAUCUAUUCACAUGGUCGGAACCUCCGGAGACUCGCGGAAACGCAAACACGGAGGCGAUCUAGGGUUUGCGUUUGAACCCUCGCCCCAGCGGGGCCGUACACCCCCUUCGAUUCCGUCCCCAUUCCCGUUCCAAGAUUAGGGUUCGGACAAUCCGUCCGCUUCGAGCAGCGAUGGGGCGCUCCCGCGGAGUGCCCAACACCGGCGAUGACGAAGCCAACCAGAGAUCGAAGAGAAGACGAGUUGCUUCAAGUGGAGAAACUUUGGAAAACAUGGCCGCAGGUCCUGGAGCAAGUGAAGGGAAAAAGGCUUUGUAUCACUGUAAUUAUUGCAAUAAGGAUAUAUCAGGGAAGAUUCGUAUCAAAUGCACAAAAUGUCCUGAUUUUGAUCUUUGUGUGGAGUGCUUUUCUGUAGGUGCUGAAGUUACUCCGCACAAAAGCAACCAUCCCUAUAGAGUUAUGGACAACUUGUCCUUCCCCCUUAUUUGUCCAGAGUGGAAUGCAGAUGAAGAAAUACUACUUUUAGAGGGAAUUGAAAUGUAUGGACUGGGGAACUGGGCGGAAGUUGCUGAGCAUGUUGGUACAAAGAGUAAGGUGCAGUGUAUAGACCAUUAUACAACAGCAUACAUGAACUCGCCUUGCUAUCCUCUUCCGGAUAUGUCUCGUGUUAAUGGUAAGAACAGAAAGGAACUUCUUGCUAUGGCUAAAAUGCAAGGCGAGGGCAAGAAAGGAGUUUCAGUGCUUGGGGAUGUUACACCAAAAGAAGAGUCUCCAUUCUCACCUUCAAGGGUCAAGAUUGAAGAUGUAAGUGGAGAAGUUGCAGCUGGCAGAUCACCAAGUUUAGCUUCUGGUGCAAGUAAGAAGGCUUCAAACAUGGGACAACUCAAGGAUGGCUCUGAUGGAACUAAACUGGAAGAUCCUCAUGUGGAUAGAAGUGUUGGUGUAAAAAAACCUAAAUACACUGGAGAUGAAGGCCCAUCUAUGACUGUGUUAAGUGGCUUUAAUCCCAAGAGGCAGGAAUUUGAUCCUGAGUAUGACAAUGAUGCUGAGCAGGCUCUGGCUGAAAUGGAGUUCAAGGAAACUGACACUGAAACUGAUCGUGAACUGAAGCUGCGUGUAUUGCAUAUUUAUUUGUCAAGGCUUGAUGAGAGGAAAAGAAGAAAAGAGUUCAUAUUAGAAAGGAAUUUACUUUAUCCCAACCCAUUGGAGAAGGAACUCUCGAGUGAAGACAGAGAAAUAUAUAACCGUUACAAGGUUUUCAUGCGUUUUCUCUCUCCAGAAGAUCAUGAGGCCCUAGUUAAGAGUGUCAUUGAAGAGCGUAAAAUUCGGAGAAGAAUUCAAGAGCUUCAGGAAUGUCGUGCUGCUGGAUGUCGUAGUCUGGCAGAAGCAAAAGCAUACAUUGAGCAGAAGCGGAAAAGGGAAUUAGAGGCAAGUGCGCAAAAAUCAAAGGAAUCUAAGGAAGGUAACCAGGUUGUUGCAAGUAGUAAAGUAAUGCAAAAGACAGCACGGCCUAUGAACAGAGAAAAAGGUGAAUCUGAUGGCAGCCCACGAAACACCAUUGACAACCACAAAAUAAAAGGAGGUGCAGGGUUAGAUUCUGGUAGUAAGGAUUCGCUCUUUACUUCUGAUGAUUGGGAUAUUACAGGACUUCCUGGUUCAGAGUUACUGAGUGAACAUGAGCAACAAUUUUGCUGUCGGAAUAGAUUGCUGCCUAGUCACUAUCUUAAAAUGCAGGAGAAGUUGGUGGAGGAGAUAUUUAGGGGUACUGUUGUCAAAAAAUCUGAUGCCCAUGGGUUAUUCAAGGUCGACCCUGUCAAAGUGGACAGAGUUUAUGAUAUCGUGAUGAAGAAGUUGGGGCAGCAUGAUGAGUCUGCACCUGUUUAGUUUACUUUCAGUGUGCUUUAUUUUAAAGUCCAGCUUUUCCCCUCUCACAUUUGUUUGUGUUUUGACUCUUUUUGCAUAAGCUGUUAUUAAAAUAUAAUGUUAUAAACGUUUAUAUCCAUUGUAAGUUGACCUGCAUAUGCCUAAUUUAUAUUCUCAUUAUGAUAA